AUGGGUGCCCAGUUCUCCAAGACCGCUGCAAAAGGCGACGCCGCUGCUGAGAAACCUGGGGAAGCAGUGGCUGCAUCUCCUUCCAAGGCGAAUGGACAGGAAAAUGGCCAUGUAAAGGUGAAUGGUGAUGCCUCUCCAGCAGCUGCUGAGGCAGGCAAGGAGGAGGUCCAAGCAAAUGGCAGUGCACCUGCUGAAGAGACAGCGAAGGAAGAGCAAGCCUCUUCUGAGCCUGCCUCUGAGAAGGAGGGAACAGAAGCAGAGAGUACUGAGCCAGCCUCGCCUGCUGAGGGAGAGCCCUCCUCGAAGGCAGAGGAGGGAGCUACCCCUUCUUCCAGCAAUGAGACCCCGAAAAAAAAAAAGAAGCGCUUUUCCUUCAAAAAGUCCUUUAAGCUAAGUGGCUUCUCCUUUAAAAAGAACAAAAAGGAGGCUGGGGAAGGAGCAGAGAAUGAAGGUGCAGCUGCCUCCACAGAGGGAGGGAAAGAUGAAGCAGCUACUGCCCCAGAAGCAACAAGCAAUGAGGAGGGUAAACCUGCCCAGGAGGAGUCCUGCGCUGCUGCAGCUAGCGGCACAGAGGAAACAAAGGAGGAGACUGGUGACUCUCAGGAAGCAAAAUCAGAAGAGACUGCACCAGAGAAGCCUGCGGGAGAAGAGGCCAAGCCUAUUGAAGAGCAAAAGCCUGAGGAUAAACCAGAAGAGGCACCAGCUGCCUCUGCCCCUAGUGCUACAACUGAGGCCACCUCAACUGAACAAGAGGCCCCCAAAGUAGAAGAGGCAGCACUUCCUACACAGGAAGCCCCAUCUGAGUCUAGUCCAGAAGCCCCACCAGCUGAAUCGGCAGAGUAA